CAGGGUCAUGAUUUCCAAUCUUUUAAAUCAGUGUAAAACAAAAGGAAGGAAUCAAAAUUUAUAGUAGUAGCUAAGGUAAACAAGGAAGGAAUCAAAAAUCAUGAGCGAGAAGAUUAAAUGAGAAGAUUUGGGUAUAGGAAGACAGAAGACUCGUCAAAAGCAGCAAAAUUCAACAACAAAUCCUAACCACAGAAAAGGCAGUAGAUUAUGAGGACAAUAUUAGUGGUGACGUAGUACAAUACAGUAAGGAUUCCAUUAAACAAGCCGAAUAAACAAAGACAAAUUAAUUAACCAAUUGAAGUUCAGACAGACAGUAGUACGUACCAUUUGUUGGAAGAGUCAAUCAAUGGGGACAGUUAUUGACUCCCAUUUCUUGGGACUAACUGCCAUUGUUACAGUUGGUUACCAGUUUAUCUUUUUUAUAAUUACAGCACUCCUCAAGUUUGAUAAAGUCACUGACUUCGCGGGAGGUACAAAUUUCAUUGUGCUUGCAAUAUUAACUUUGAUACUAAAGGGUUCAUGGAAUUUUCGACAGGUGGUUUUGUCUGUGUUUGUCGUGUUAUGGGGCCUUCGACUCGGGCUAUUUCUAUUAAUGAGGAUAUUACAGUGGGGCGAGGAUAGACGUUUUGAUGAUAAGCGUGAUAAUCUGGGUAAAUUGGCAGUGUUUUGGAUAUUUCAGGCAAUCUGGGUAUGGACUGUUAGUUUACCGGUAACAGUUGUUAAUGCAAGUGACCACCAGCCAUCUCUUCAAGCAGUAGACAUCAUUGGUUGGAUUAUGUGGUCUAUUGGAUUUUCAGUAGAGAUUACAGCUGAUCAACAAAAGUUGGCAUUCAAGAACUCCCCAGAGAAUAGAGGAAAGUGGUGCAAUGUUGGAGUUUGGAAGUAUUCCCGUCAUCCAAACUAUUUUGGCGAGAUCCUUCUGUGGUGGGGAAUAUUUGUGGCUUCGAUACCAGUGCUCGAGGGUGCUGAAUGGCUCGUUAUUCUUGGACCAGUAUUCUUAACAUUGCUGCUUCUUUUUGUUAGUGGCAUACCCCUGCUUGAGGAAUCAGCAGACAAGAAACAUGGAAAUGUGGCUGAAUAUAGAGUAUAUAAGAGGACAACAAGCCCUUUCAUUUUGCUGCCCCCUGGAUUAUAUGGAAAGCUUCCUCCAUGGUUCAAAACUGUAUUCCUUUUUGAGUUUCCUUUGUACAGUCGCAAUCUUGUCCAAGAAGAGUUAAGCUGGUAAAACUUCAAUCUUUUACCAUGAUGAUCUUCUUAUGAAAUUAUAAGGAAAUUUGAUAUUCUGUGCGAGUUACAGAACUGAAACUUGCACGUUAGCAUACAAGGUAGCAACACUGCUUGCUGAGUUACAACUGAAUUCUCAACUACUAUAUACUCAAUACAUACUUUAUUCGUUUUCAUUCCACUUCAUCUUUUUGGUUCCUUUUGUUAACUCUCAUCUUACUUACCGUCUUGUUCUUCAUUUGUAUAUCUAAUUUUGCAUUUACACUUGGUAUUGUGCAGUUAAUUCUCUGUCAUUGUAACUUGAAAUGUAUUGACCAACAAAUAAGCAGCAACAAUCUUAAUAAAGUUUGUAAAUAAUGUUACAGUGUUA